CACAUUAGCAUGUACGCGUGCGCAUGCGGAGGGCCGGACGUUGUUUUGUUGCAGUCCUGCGGAGCGAUUUACCUUUGACCUGGUUGUUGCAUUCCAGAGAGGCUUGUCCUGCAGCAGCAGCAGCUCUAGCACCUCCGCCACUACGGUCUGCACUGCUCUCAAGGCUCCAGUGCUACACAUACAAACGAUGUGUGCUCAGCUCUUUUAGUCAACGGAAGCCUGGGCAUAGUCGUGGCAGUCAUUGGAGACGAGCUAACACCAUAGCAUAAAAUCCACCGCCUCGGCUCUAACCUAGACGCAGUUAGCCAUUUUGCUUAAGCAGCUGAGCCGCCAUCGUAUUGGGGGUUUGCUUUGUAGAAGAAACAGCAGGCUAACAGAUCGCAGACAGCAGCGCAGAGGAAAUGAAGGACAAACAAAAGAGAAAGAAGGAGCGGACCUGGGCUGAGGCAGCUCGCAUGGUUUUGGAGAAUUUUUCUGAUGCCCCCAUGACUCCCAAACAGAUUCUCCAUGUGAUCCAAACCAAAGGGCUGAAGGAAAUGCGAAGUGGAACAGCCCCGUUGGCCUGUCUGGUCACCAUGCUACACUCCCAGGUGCGAGGAGACAGAGUCAAGAACAGCAUCUUUUUCAAACUCCCUGGACGAAUGAGCCUGUUUACCCUGAAGAAGAACGCUCUGCAGUGGACAAAGACAACCUCAGAAACAGAAACAGCAACUGAAGCAGCUGGAAGCACUGCCCAGCCAGGGUCUGGCAGCAGCACCCCUGCUGCAGGCUCAGCUGUGGGUCCCAUUGGUCCCUCAGAGGCCACCGAACAGGAAAGCUGUGACUCUUCAGAGACCACUGCUGCUGCCAGUGGUGACAAUGAUGCCUCAGUAGAUGAAAGUUCAUCCAGUGCCUCCACAGAGGUUCCAGCUCCCCCCAGUCAGCCACAGACCCGCUUGAGCAGAUCAGCAGGACAGCAGGGACGCACAGAGGCACAGCAAACCCAGCAUGCACAGCAUGCCCAAACUAGACUGAGCCGUUCGAGACAGUCAGGGAGACAGAGGAAGAAAGCCGUUAUGAUGCCUCGCGUUGUCCUCACUCCUCUGAAAGUAAACGGAGAGCACGUACCCUCAGGGCCUAUGAAGAGAAGUCGAGGAGGAGUGGAUGUAGACUUUGAGACGCCAGGCUCUAUCCUGGUCAACACCAACAUUCGAGCCCUCAUUAACGUGAGAACGUUUGCAGCCUUUCCCACACACUCACAGCAGCAGUUGCUGCAGCUACUGCCAGAGGUUGACCGUCAGAUUGGAACUGAUGGAAUGGCCAGACUCAGUAGUUCUGCUCUGAACAAUGAGUUCUUCACACAUGCCUCCCAGAGCUGGAAGGAGAGACUGGCUGAGGGGGAGUUUACCCAUGAGAUGCAGGUGCGGUUUAGACAGGAAAUGGAGAAAGAGAAGAAGGUGGAGGCGUGGAAGGAAAAGUUUUUUGAAGAAUACCAUGGGCAAAAGUCUGGCCUGACACGAGAGGAGUCCCUGAAGUUGACAAUGAGUGAAAACAGCGAAGUUACCGCCAGUGUGCUUGACAGUGACGUGGCAGUGGUGGCGGCUGUUGCCCCCAAGAGACGCACAGUGGGUCGACGGAGAAGAGAUGGCAGGAUGAGAAGACGAACCAGAGCUGACCUGCGACGAAGAGCCCGUCGGACCCUCUGCAAAACUGCUACUCCUGCACUAGCACCAGCAGAACCCACAGAGACCAGUGUUGCUGUGGACAUAGCAGCGGUCACCAUUGGCUCCCCCAUUUCUGACAGUACAGUGGUUCAGAGUGAGGUGGUCCUCCCAGCUGAAUGUGGUGUGGAAGUUCCAGAUGAGAGUACCGCUUUAGAACCAAAGCCCUCUGCUAGUCCAACACCAGCUGUUUUGCCGGCCCCUACUCCCACUCCAACUCCGACUCCGACACCAACACCGACUCCAACCCCCACUCCCAGCCCAAGUCCGAGCCCUGCUUCUACAAGUGCAAACGAGGAGGCUGAAGUUGCAGCCCGUUUGCUUCCUGAAGAGACAGCACCUGCGCUGGCUUCAACCUCCUCCCCUUCUUCCUCCUCUUCAUCUGUGUCAUCUGCUUCCUCACCCGCUUCCUCACCCUCGUCUCCAUCAGAUCAACAGGGAGCUUUUGCCGCUGGCCUCGACUCAUCUUCAUCCUCCUCAGGAUCAUCCAGUGCUGCUGUGGUGGCCGAUCCCUUGGAUGAUACCGCCUCUGUGGUCACCUCCAUCACAGGUGGCACAGCCACCAGCAGCCGUGACAGCAGCCCCUCAGCCAGCCCAGCCAGCACCUCCGUGCCCAGCACCCAGCCCAAGGAGCAGAAAAGACGACCAGAUGAGGGUCAGGCCUUCUCCAGCUUCCCCGAAAAGAGGCCACGGCUUGAUGACCGUCAGUCCUUUCGUACCACAAUUGACGGUGUCCGUUCAGAAAAGCCACAGCCGACAACCGAGGAACCCAAGGUGCCGCCUAUCCGGAUUCAACUGUCCAGAAUCAAACCUCCCUGGGUCAAAGGCCACCCCACCUACCAGAUCUGUCCCAGGAUCGUGCCGCCCAAUGAGGGCUCGAGGCGGUCGGGGACGGGGGGUGCACGCACCCUGGCAGACAUCAAAGCACGUGCCCAGCAAGCCCGGGCCCAGCGCGAAGCCGCUGCUGCUGUUGCAGCCUCUGCCGAUGGGACGGGGACAACGGGGGUCAGGAUGCGGUCUGGUGCUGGGUUACCGGAUAGCAGCAGUGGAAGAAGAACACGAGAGCAUCCCGGACCUAUUGAACCCGGGGGAGGAGGAGGAGGAGGAGGAGGAGGAAGAGGAGGAGGAGGAGGAGAUCAAGGGAUGGAUGAGCAGGGAUCGUCUUCGAGCACUAAUUCAUCUGGAACACAACUACAGCUUCUCAAUGUAGAUCCCACACCUCAGCCAUCCCCAUCUCUGUCUACUACCUCAACUUCUUUGUCAUUGGAUCCUCCCCAGACCCCAAGUCCUCCUCGAGAAGAGAUGGCUGGUACCCCAGAGAAUGUGGAGGAAACAGAUUCACCAUCAGCCAGUAUUCAGUGUCCUUCUAAAGACCUAACAGACAGUGCAGCUGACUCAGCCUCUUUAGAGACCAUCACUGUAGCUAAGUCUUUGGCCACCCACACCACUUGUCAAAACUCAAUGCCAGGCUCUGCUGCUGCUGCACCCUCAGGAGGUACAGCACCAGACGCUGUAAAACCACCACUGGCCCCUACGUCAAUCCCUGACUCUCUUCCUAGGUUUGGGGCAAAUGGUGUAGAUGUUAUUCAGUCCUUGGCCAGUUCCUCUCAGUCUAAGGAAAAGGAGCAGGGGAAUGGGGCUGGCUUGGGCAGUGUCAUCCAGCAUGGUUCAAAACAUGUAGAUCAGCUUGAGACUGGCCCUCAUUUACCAGUAGAGAGGCCACUUACUGAUUCCCCCACCUCACCAAACGUAGGCCCCCGUAAAGCAGAGAAGGAUGAUGAAGCUGGAAUACACAGUGACUCUACAGAAACUGCGUCUGACUGUGAGAAUGAGAGUCAGGAAGACGAGCAGCAGCCAGACCAUGAGUGGUGUUCCUCCCUAAGCACCCAGAGAAAUGGCCCGCGUGUCAUUAAUAGUUUGUCACCACAGAACCAGCAGCCAGUGAUCCAGACCCAUGUGUCAGGUCGUCAGGGUCAGACUGUAAUUCAGCCUUGCAUCCCCAACAGCUUGCCUCACACUCAGCGACAUCGCAACCAUUCUCAGGACCGUGAAACCCAACCCACACCCCACCAACAAGGGCUUAGAGACGACAAUGUAGUGAUCAAAAUGGAAUCUGGGGAAGAUUGUUGGAGUAGACAGAUUUGUUCAGAGGAAGAAAACCGUGAUGGAUUAAAGACUUCUUUCUCUCACCAGACUGCUGCAACUGCCUCCAAAAGACUUGGUAGCUCAGCCAGACCUGUGUCUACUGUGGAGGCUAACAAUCCCUUGGUCACUCAGUUACUACAGGGCAGUCUGUCUCUUGAGAAAGUACUACCAACACAUUCUGUCAACAGACUGGAGAUCAGUCGAAUGGCAGGUCCCCAGUCCAGACCUCCGCUGUCUCGCCACAGGCCUGAAGGUUUGACCAGUUCUGCUGCUUCAGAUCAGAGUGCAGUCUCUCAGAGUCACAGGUCUCCAACAAGCCGCACAGUGUCAUGUCUAAUGGAGGCACCAGCCUCACAGUAUCAUUCCCAACAGGCCCCCGCAGCUGUCCCAGUCAUCACGUCUGUGCCCCCCUCUUCAUCCUCUUUCACCUAUUUGUCCUGCAGAACAAAGUCAGACAUUGGGACUCAAGCUGCAGUGGAAUCCGCAGUUAUCAGAGACUCUCGUGGGCCGCAGCCUUCGCCAGGGGCAACCCCAGACAGGAAACAACCAGUGCACAGGACCAUUCCGAAUGGUCCAUCUCCUCCCCAUGCAGACACCUGCCCCACUGAAGUGUUGCCCACUAUUAAAAUCAACUGGCGUCCUCCACAGCCUCAGCACCCCCAUCCUCAGCAGCAGCAGCAGCAGCUUUCUCCUGGUCCUGCUGCUACUGUAAAAAAUGAAGUUGCUCCACGACCCCCCUGUCAGGCAAUUUUAAAAUCUUCUUCCACUAUACCCAUGAUUGUUACCAAAAAGGAGCCACUUGGCUCCAUGGACGGCUUUCUGAGUGGAGGGGCUAUGGAGGGACUUCUUAACAUGGAAAUGACUUUGGCCAGGAUGGCGAAAAAGGAGCACAACAAAGCGUCAUACUCAUCUGGUUCCCCCUCCACUUCAUCUUCUCCUUCGCCUUCCUCCUCUAAUUCCUCCCUUCCUUUCCAGCUGUACGGGAAACUCCCCAAACAGAGUGUAAGUGUUGGAGGUGUAAGUUACACAGCCAAUGUGUCAGUGAUGGACAAUAAUGGUUUCUCUCGGAGCAUGGCAGAUGGUGUUCUCCAGCUCCGACCCCGUUUGACCUCCAGCAAGACCCAACUGAGCAUCCAGGCCUUUACUGACAGUGCAGCUGAGGAGGUGGCGCUCAAGUGCUCGUGCCGCCUCAAAGCCAUGAUUAUGUGCCAAGGCUGCGGUGCUUUCUGCCAUGACGAUUGCAUCGGUCCGUCUAAACUCUGUGUGUCGUGUCUGGUGGUCAGAUAGUCCCUGUGCACUGUAGAACUGUAUCUGUACAGAAUCAGCAGCUGAACUAGACGCUCCAGUGUGUACAGAAGCCCGAUGAGGCCAGAGCACACAGAAUGAGAAAAGGGAGCCUAACAGGGAACACUCAGCUUGUAAAAUGACUGGUCUGUAUUUUUUUGUUGUUGCAGAUUUUUUAGUUGUAUUGAUAUUAUAUUAUUGUUAUUAUUAUUAAUAUUGUUAUUGUGAAUUUGGGGCAUGAUUGAUUGUAAAUUGUGCCUUUUUUGUUUCGUUUUUUUGCUCAAAAACAUUUACCUCAUCUUACCUUGUCCCACCUGUCGUCAUGUGGUGGCCACAAUUGUUUUGGUCCCUGGUUUCAUCUGCAAACAGGGAUGUAUUGUCGUCUCUUUGCUCAAAGAAGUAUUUUUUUAACCAUUAAAAUCAAUUAAUUAAAUA